AUGGACCAUAAUACCAAUAACAGUGAAAAUAAUCAGAUCUCGCAAAUUUUAAAUGAAGAAAAUGAAAAACGUGAUGACUUUAGAAAAUUAAUAGAAGAGCAAAUACUAAGUAUUAAUUUAGAAAUAAAUCAAAAAAAAAUUGUUCAACGAAUUAAAAUUUUAGAAGAUGAGAAUAACAAGUUGACUCUAGAAAAUCAAAAAUUAACCAAAGAAAAUCAUGGAUCAAAGAAUAAAGAAUUUUUCUUUAAAAAUUUAGAAACACAGUAUAAUGAACAAAUUGCAUAUUUGGAAGCAGAAAAGGAAAAUUAUAAGUUGGUUUAUGAUGAGAAAAUUAUAAAAUUAAAGGAGAAAAAUAAAUUUUACUUUAAUGAAUUAGUUAAAUAUCAACAAGAAAUUGAACCAAAAUACAAAGAAACUAUUGAAAGUUUAUCUCGUGAAUUGGAUAAAUAUCAGCAAGAAAUGGAACCAAAAUACAAAGAAACUAUUGAAAGUUUAUCUGUGCCAGCAUAUGAAAAAUUAAUUCAAGAAAAAAAUUAUUACAAAGAUGAAUUUAUUAGAUAUCAACAAGUAAUUGAACCAAAUUACAAAAAUGAAAUUGUCAACCUUGAGACAUAUAAUCAAAACAACAUCCUUUUGAUAAAGAAUUUAGAAAAAUCAAAUAAAGAAUUAGUAGCUACAAAUGAAAAUUUAAGAAAAGAAGCCUUGUCGAAUCAAUCAGCUUUAGGUGAUGCAUUAAGUUUCUGUUUGAGUGAUGAGGCUAAUGAUCAGCUUAUAAUAGAUAUAGAUUCUUUACAGGAUAAACUUGAGAGAUAUGUUACUAUAUUAAAGGGUUCUUUUAUAAAAAUUGAUAACAAUAAAAUUCAAGAAUUAUAUAAAAAAUAUAAUUUAGAUGUUCAAAAUAUAAAUGAUAAAAUUUUGAUGAAGUCAGUUUUACAACGUUAUGUUUUAAAAAAGAUCCUUGAAUUUGUAAAUGAUUAUUUUGAGAUUAAAAAAGAUGAUGAUCCAAAUAGUACCAAUAAUCAGGAAAAAUAUAUUAUGUAUCAUACAAAUAAACUAAUAGAUCUUUUAAACAAAUUUUAUAGUAGUCAUUUUAAACAAGAUAAUGAUAAUGCAAUUAAAGCUAUUCCAAUAAAAAUACGUCAACAAGUAUAUGGUAUGUUAGGUGAAUUUGGUUUUUCUGAUAGAAAAAACCAAUAUGUGCAUCCAUUCAUAUCAUCCACAGUGCUAGAACUCAAUAAAUUAAUGACAGGAUAUCGUUGUAUUGAAGAUGAUACUAAAAGAAAGAAUGUAGAAAAUAUGACAGAAAACCUUAUCAAGGAUAUCAUCAGAAUAUUUAAAUUUCGUUUAUUAGUCCAAGAACCAAAAUAUGAAGUACAUUGGUAUGAAAAUAAUGUGAAAAUAGAUACACAGUUUAUGAAAGGACAAUGGGAUGAUGAUUGUUUGGAUAAUUAUGUAGUGGAUCUUUGUUAUUUUCCUUUGAUUGGAAUGGAAUUGAAUGGUGACCUUAGUAAGGCUAAAGUGUUUAUGCGUGCAAAAGUUUUCCCUCGAUGUAUUGCACCACCACUACCAUCUCGAAGAAAGAAAAGAGAACCAUCCAUGAAACACCCUGAUGAAACAGAUGAAGCACUUACAACUAACCAUAUCUGCCCUAUAAAAAAUUCAAUACUUCAAGGUUUAAAUCGACACUUUCUUUAUUUUGAUUGGGUAGAAAUGUGGUUAUCUUGUGGUAAGAGUAUUCCAAAGAGUGUGACAAGAGAAAUAGACCGCAUCAAUAAUAGAGAGAUAGAACGUAAUAUUUCAGGAUCAGCAUCAUGGCAUGCACAAUAUAAAGAUUCACAUUAUAUAUUUUUUGGCAAUAUGCCAUUUGAAUUAACAGAAGGUGAUAUAAUAUGUAUAUUCUCACAAUUUGGAGAGAUCUUUAAUAUUGACUUGAUUCGUGAUAAAAAAACUGGAGAAUCUAAAGGAUUUGGAUUUUUGAAAUAUGAAGAUCAAAGAAUUGAUGAAUCAUCAGAUUCAGAGGAUUCCAAAAAUGAAUUUGAUCUUGAUGAUCCAAUGAAAGACUAUUUUAUUGAAAAAUUAAAGAAAGAAAAAAAGAAAGAAAAGAAACAAAAGAAACGUUUAAAGAAAGAAAAGAAAGAAAAGAAAGAAAAAGAAAAAGAAAAAGAAAAAGAAAAAGAAAAAGAAAGAGAUUAG